AUCUAAUCUCUAAAUUUAAUGAUUAAAGACAAGACACCAACAUGACACGGGCCACGCCAAUAGAAUAGGGAAAAAAUCUAGAGGCGUAGGAUUCCAAAUCCUUUGAUCACCCCCUCCAUCAUCAUUAUCACCAAAUUACCCAUCAAAUCAAACUCAGACCCAACAAAGAAAUCAAAGAAAGAAAGAGUUGCGGCCAAUUGGGGGUUAAAAAAGAUGGCGAGUUACUACGUGACGGCGGAGCAGCCGACGGAUCUUAACCGGAAUACGGAGUGGUUCACGUACCCGGGUGUUUGGACCACGUAUAUAUUGAUCCUCUUCUUCUCUUGGCUCCUUGUGCUGUCCAUCUUCGGAUGCUCGCCCGGCAUGGCCUGGACCAUCGUCAAUCUCUCUCAUUUCGCGGUCACUUAUCACUUCUUCCACUGGAAGAAAGGAACUCCAUUUCCUGAUGACCAGGGGAUCUAUAAUGCGCUGACAUGGUGGGAGCAGAUUGACCACGGAAAGCAGCUCACCCGGAACAGAAAGUUUCUAACUGUUGUACCAGUGGUGCUGUACUUGAUAGCCUCGCACACAACUGACUACCAAAAUCCAAUGCUCUUCUUCAAUACUCUUGCAGUGAUGGUGCUAGUUAUUGCCAAGUUCCCAAAUAUGCACAAGGUCCGGAUCUUCGGAAUCAAUGGUGAUCUGUGAGUUGUGGACCUGAAUUAUGAAUCAUUUUGCUUUACAGUUGUAAAAGCCUCCAAUCCUUCCAUGUUCAGCUAAGAUUUUAUAUCCAUGUAUAGAAGCUGGAACUGGAAAGGAUUUGUAACGUUUUUGUGCACUUUCUUUCAGUAGCUGUUUUCGCUUGAUAUUGGAGGUAUAAGUAUCGACGUACUUUUGUAUAGGAGAAUUAUUACGUAUGAGGAGGAUCAAGGUGCUGUUAUCAGCUUAUCUAGUAUCUUAAAAAUGCACUUGUUUGUAUAA